AUGAUAAAGCACGUGCAGUCUGGAAAGCUGGUCGAGUAUAUUGCCUCGCUACAUGACGCCCACGGACCGACCUUUAAGGAGAAGAUGCUCGGUAACGAUCUCAUCUCGACUAUCGAGCCUGCGAAUCUCAAGGCCCUCCUCGCUACCCAGUUUAAUGAUUUUGGCCUGGGGAUCCGUCAUCGGCAGUUCUAUCCGCUUCUUGGUGAUGGAAUAUUUACCCUUGAUGGGCAUGGGUGGUCGUCUAUGCGGGCGUUGAUCAGGCCGCAGUUUGCGCGAGAGCAGAUUGCAGACCUCGCCCUCUUCGACCGCCACGUCGGCCAGCUGAUCAACGUCCUCCCCAGCGACGGCUCGAGCUUCGACAUCCAAGACCUCUUCUACCUCCUGACAUUCGACUCCGCGACCGAGUUUCUCUUUGGCGAGUCCAUGGGGUGCCUACACACAUACAGCGAGAAAACCGCAGGACCAGUCGCCGACAACCCGAUGGGCUUCGCAGACGCCUUCAACACCAGCCAGGAGUACCUACUCCGCCGGGCCCUCGCGCAGAGACUCUACUGGACAAUCAACCCCGCGCAGUUCCGGGCUGCGAAUGCAAAAGUGCAUGAGGUCGUUGAUCACUACGUGCAUCUGGCGCUGCGAUCUAAGCAUGCCCAUGCCGCCCCUGGAAGCAGUGGCCGCAAUGAAGACCUGGAUAAGGGGCGAUAUGUGUUCCUCGAGGCGCUUGCGUCGGAUACCAAUGAUCCAAAGGUCAUCCGUGAUAAUUUGCUGAAUGUGCUUCUUGCGGGGCGGGACACGACUGCCAGCCUGCUUAGCUCCGUGUUUUACUUCCUCGCGCGCAACCCACGCGUCUGGGCUGCGCUGCGGGCAGAGAUUGUGCGGGAAUGCGGCGCCCGCAAUACACCAGGCCAUAAUGAAAUCACGCAUGCGAGACUGAAGAGUCUCGCGUACCUCCGCUAUGUCUUGAAUGAGACUCUCCGACUGCUCCCACCGGUGCCAAUCAACUUCCGCCAGGCCGUCAAGAACACGUCCCUCCCCGUAGGCGGGGGCCGAACCGGGGGGUCGCCGGUAUAUGUCCGAAAGGGUGACAUGGUCGGGUAUAAUGUCUACGCGAUGCACCGGCGGACCGACACCUGGGGCAAAGACGCCCAUGUUUUUAGGCCGGAGCGGUGGGCGGAGAAUCCCCCGCGGGGCUGGGAGUAUUUGCCCUUUAACGGAGGGCCUCGAAUCUGUUUGGGUCAACAAUACGCUCUCGUCGAGGCUAGCUAUACUAUAAUAAGACUCCUACAGGAGUUCGACGUCCUCGAGAACGCGCAGUCCAACCCGUUAGCGCAGCCGCAGUUGCAGACCAACUUGGUGCUGUCGCAUCGUGAUGGUGUGCACGUAAAGCUGUCUCGUUCCACGGAGGGUAAACUAGCGGACGCAGUCGCAGUUUAA